CAAACUAACACCGUAAAUGCCUUUUCCUUCUACGGGAAGGCUCUUUAUCAAACCCCCCACCCCUUCAUUUACCUUAUUUCAUUACUGGAUAAAAACGUAGUUGUCUCCUUCUUAAGCCGUGGUUUUGCUUCGACUAGCGAUCCAAUUUACCCUAAAGUUAUCAGAUUGCCCUCUGCAAUGCACGGCUAGGCGGGGCCGAGGGAGUGGGCAUCGAUACCAUUCAUAGGCCUUUCUUCCUUUAGGAGUAAAGAGUUGAAUGGCAAAAAAGAGCCUCCGCGAAAAAUGUGUCGCAGCCCCAGUUGAAGGAGUCAACGUGCAGGCUGUUAAGGACCUCAAGUCAUUAGCAUCAGCUGCUUCACUAAAGGGGUAAGCCAGCGCCUCUAAGUGGCAUAACGCACAAACGAGGCUCCCGAGACCGCGAUGGAAGCUCCAUCCACUCAUCCACCACCCGCUGGCUGUGAAAGUCUCCCCGCAGCCCAUCUUGGUAAUCAUUUUUUACUUGGAUUCACCCGCACGCCCUCCGCCACCCCGAGGUUUUAGAAUCCCGCUGCUCUCAACGUGGACCCACUCCAGGACUACGCAGAACAUGCCAGGCUGAGCGUAGACGACAGCAACACCAACACCUCUUGACAUGGAAAUACACUGAUACAAUAGACGAGAGAAGCACGGGAUUGCCUCUCCCGAUUUCAGGUGGCCUUAUCUGGGCGAUUCAAUCCUGAUCAUAAUCCUGUGAUGGAGGAUUCAGGCAUCCAGCGAGGCAUCUGGGAUGGAGAUGCCAAGGCUGUCCAACAAUGUCUGACAGAUAUUUUUACCAGUGUUUACACCACCUGCGACAUUCCUGAGAAUGCUAUAUUCGGUCCCUGCGUCCUGAGCCAUACCUCCCUGUAUGACAGCAUAGCUUUCAUAGCUCUCAAGUCCACUGACAAGAGAACAGUCCCCUAUAUCUUCCGGGUAGACACUUCAGCGGCAAAUGGUUCCUCAGAAGGUCUUAUGUGGCUGCGGCUGGUCCAAUCAGCCAGAGAUAAAGAAGAGCAGAAUCUCGAAGCCUAUAUCAAAAACGGACAGCUGUUUUACCGAUCUCUCCGCAGGAUUGCCAAAGACGAGGAGUUGCUAGUUUGGUACGGGAAAGAACUGACUGAGUUGCUCUUACUCUGCCCCUCUAGAUCCCACAGCAAAAUGAAUGGGUCGUCCCCUUACACAUGCCUGGAAUGCAGCCAACGUUUCCAGUUUGAGUUCCCCUACGUGGCGCAUCUGCGCUUCCGCUGCCCCAAGAGACUUCCCAGCGCGGAUCUGAGCCCUCCAGACGAGCAGGGCGGUGGCGUGGGCACCAAGGACCACGGGGGCGGCGGUGGUGGCAAGGACCAGCAGCAGCAGCAGCAACAGGACGCACCGUUGGGUCCGGGGCCCAAAUUCUGCAAAACCGGCCCCAUUCACCACUACCCGGCGCCCUCUCCCGAGGGCAGCAAUCCGCCUUCGGUUGGCGGCGGUGGCUGCAGCGCGAAGCCAUCCACGGAUUUUCACAACCUCGCCCGGGAGCUGGAAAACUCCGGGGGCGGCAGCAGCUGCUCCCCAGCGCGGAGCCUCAGCGGCGGCGGCGGCCACCAGGAGGCGGAGCUGAGCCCCGAGGGCACCGCCACUGGCGGCAGCAAAGGGAAGAGGAAAUUCCCCGAGGAGGGGGCAGAGGGCGGUGGCGGCCCGGGGCUGGUGGGGGGCCGGGGCCGCUUCGCCGAGCGGCCCCUGCCCGCCUCCAAGGAGGACCUGGUUUGCACGCCGCAGCAGUACCGCGCGUCGGGCAGCUACUUUGGCCUGGAGGAGAGCAGCCGCCUCUUCGCGCCGCCCAGCCCCGAGACGGGCGAGGCGAAGCGCAGCGCCUUCGUGGAGGUGAAGAAGGUGGCCCGGGCGGCCGGGCUGCAGGAGGACGCGCCGGCGGACACGGCGGGCACGGCCGCGGAGGACCCGGACACGGGCGGCGGCGCCUCCACGCCGGUGGCCGCGUCGCCGGUCGGCGCAGAGAAGCUGCUGGCCCCGCGCCCCGGGGGCCCGCUCCCCGGCCGGCUAGAGGGUGGCAGCCCCGCCCGGGGCAGCGCCUUCACCUCGGUGCCGCAGCUGGGGGGCGUGGGUGGCACCAGCGCAGGGGGUGGAGCGGGCGCGGGGGCGGCGGGCGGCGCGGGCGGCGGGCAGGGCGCGGCGUCCGACGAGCGCAAAAGCGCCUUCUCGCAGCCCGCGCGCUCCUUCUCGCAGCUGCCCCCCUUGGUGCUGGGCCAGAAGCUGGGCGCGCUGGAGCCGUGCCACCCUGGCGACGGCGUGGGCCCCACCAGACUCUACCCCUCCGCCGGUGACCCUUUGGCCGUGAAGCUCCAGGGGGCAGGGGACCUGAACGGCGCUUGCGGGGCCCUGCCGAGCGCCGGCGGGGGGCUGCCCAAGCAGAGCCCCUUCCUCUACGCCACUGCCUUCUGGCCCAAGAGCUCCGCUGCUGCCGCGGCUGCGGCCGCUGCGGCUGCGGGGCCCCUGCAGCUGCAGCUGCCCUCGGCGCUCACCCUGCUGCCACCCUCCUUCACCUCGCUGUGUCUGCCCGCCCAGAACUGGUGCGCCAAGUGCAAUGCCUCCUUCCGCAUGACCUCCGACCUGGUGUACCACAUGAGGUCGCAUCACAAAAAGGAGUAUGCCAUGGAGCCCUUGGUGAAGCGGCGGCGGGAGGAGAAACUCAAGUGCCCCAUUUGCAACGAGUCCUUCAGGGAGCGCCACCACCUCUCCAGGCACAUGACCUCGCAUAAUUGACACGGAGAGGAUGGACCCCAGGUCUCCAGGCACGCACAAGCACAGACAAGCCACCUACAGGAACAAGCACCAGGACCUCCACCACUUCCUCGGGACCGCUGCACCCAGAGAUAGACGCACCCAUGCAUACAGCUACACACGGCGCCCCUUCUCAGUCACACGUCUGCCCAAGACCUAUACACACACGCGCACACGCACGCACACACACGCACGCACACACACGAGACAGAACGGUGGGUUAGAUUGGGUGGGUAGGGGUUUUCUUUUGAAUGCACGCAUUUUCACUUUCCCAAAAGCAAAGGUACAUUUUUUAAAAUGUCAUAUAUUGCAACAUAUUGAUGCAUUUGUCAUACGUUUCUACUUAAAUUAUUAAGCACUUACGGUUUAGAUGUAAUAAUUAUAUGUAAGGGCAAAAUUUAUUUUAGAUAUAAAGUUAAGGAGGGUGAGAUGCUUUCUGCAUUUCUUGAUGACAGAUUGUGUUCUUACAAAAAUAAACAAAAUGAAUAAAAAAAAGGGGGUUACGUUCAUUAAGUUUCCAGGGGGAAGUGCAUGUAUCAUGAAAUGAUUAUGGACUUCAAUGAAGAAUGUUAUCAUUAUGUAAAUAUGUAUUUCCUUUUAAUACAAAGUGUAAUUUUUGUGCCAGUGAAAUGGAGUCUGAAUAGCUAUGUGUUUCUUUUAUCCCUGGAAAGAUUUAUUAAACUUUAUAGAUUAUCCGGGUAUGUUGGAUGCUUUGACAAUAAAUAACUAUUUUCUUCAAA